UCUCCUCUUAGAAUUAAUAAACAUUUACAGCACGGCAGCGCUGCCACGUUUUUAAAAAAACAGAGCUGUCGUCUUAACAGGAAAUGUGUUUAUCUUGCUUUCAUCGUAAAAGACAGCACGCGAAGACUGAAGAAGUGUAUUUUAUUUUGAAAGCAGAGCUAAGUUGGUCAAACUUGCUGUUUUGUGUGUCAUGCUUGACGAUUGAACAACUUCAACGCAUUUUUUCCUACGUCGUUUUCCCCCUCCAGUACUGUGAAUUCUAGAAGUAUUUUAGUUCCAGGGUUGUAUUCGCUAUGUUUAGUGAUUUAUAGUAGCCGUCGAACCGGAUGACAUGUCUGACUAGCGUCUCCGUGGGAGGCUUUUCGUCUAGAGUUUUCAAGUCAGGCCUGUGUGUGUGGUUCCCCAUCAGUGCAGCUGGUGGCUAACAAGGCGCCAAACAGAAAUGUCACUGACAGAAUACGAGAGACAUUUCGACUCGCUAAAUUCAGAUUUGGCCAGCGGCUCCGUGUUGAGCGAGCGAACAGCGUCGGCCGCGUUUAAUGCCGAAGAGGAGAAGUUGCAUUACAUUCCGAUCCGGAUCCUCGGGAGGGGGGCGUUCGGUGAAGCGACGCUGUACAGAAGAACCGAGGACAAUUCCCUUGUGGUGUGGAAGGAAGUGGACCUGAACUCCCUGUCUGAACGCGAGCGCAGGGAUGUCAUGAAUGAAAUAAGCAUCCUCUCUAUCCUGGAGCACAACAACAUCAUUGCUUAUUUCAAUCACUUCAUGGAUAAAAACACUCUGCUCAUUGAGCUGGAAUACUGUAAUGGGGGGAAUCUGUAUGACAAAAUCGUCCAACAGAAGGGGAAACUUUUUAACCAGGAGGUGGUUAUUUGGUAUCUGUACCAGAUUGCCUCAGCUGUGGCCCACAUUCAUAAGGCCGGCGUCUUACACAGGGAUAUUAAAACGCUCAACAUUUUCUUGACCAAGACUGACCUCAUCAAGCUUGGUGACUACGGCCUUGCAAAGAAACUCGGCUCAGAGUUUUCCAUGGCAGAGACGUGCGUAGGAACUCCUUAUUAUAUGUCGCCCGAGCUGUGCCAGGGAGCAAAGUACAACUUCAAAUCAGACAUCUGGGCCAUGGGCUGCGUGCUUUAUGAAGUCUUAACCCUGACAAGAACAUUUGAUGCAACGAAUCCUUUGAACCUGUGUGUGAAAAUAGUCCAGGGAAACUGGACUAUGGAUGUGAAUCCUGAUAUUUACUCUUCUGGGUUGAUCAAGCUGGUCUACGAGUGUCUCGAUCAAGAUCCGGCAAAGAGACCAACGGCGGACCAAAUUCUUGACCAGCCAGUUAUCUCCUCCAGCCGACAGGAGCUUGAAGAACGAGUUGCUUUGCUGAAUUCCGCCAUGAAGAAACCAAAGUUGAGUACGGCAACAGAGACGCCAGUUGCCGUGGUAACCACACGCUCGCGGGAGGGGUAUUUCUGGGGCGGAGGCAAGUUCACUCCCCAGAAACUGGACACCUUUAAAGGUGGCAGCAGCGCCCAACAUGUGUGUGCCGGAGAGAGUCACUUUGCAGUGGUGACGGUGGAAAAAGAGCUCUACACGUGGGCUAAUGUUCAAGGUGGAGCCAAGAUGGUGGGCCAACUGGGGCAUGGAGACCAGGCUUCCUACCGGCAACCCAAGAGGGUGGAAAAGCUGCAGGGCAAAGCCAUCAGACAGGUUGCAUGCGGUGCUGACUUUACUGCCUGUGUCACCGAUGAGGACCAAAUGUACAUGUUUGGGUCCGACUAUUACGGCUGCAUCGGCGUGGAGGGCGAGAUGGGCAUGGAGAUCUUGGAGCCGGUGCUUCUUGUGUUUUUUGAGGAGCGGCCAGUUCGUCAGAUUUCUUGCGGAGACAAUCACGUGGUGGUCCUUACCCACAGUGGCGACAUCUUCUCAUGGGGCUGCGGAGAGUAUGGGCGUCUGGGUUUGGAAUGCGAGGAUGAUUUUUCUUCUCCGAUGCAAGUAGAGCUCGCCAAAGGCGCCACCAUCUCCUCUGUGUCCUGCAGCAGUGACGGAACCUUCUUUUUGACAGACACCGGCAAAGUCCUGGCAUGUGGAAACAAUGAAUUCAACAAGCUAGGUCUGAACCAGGAAUUCUCCGGUCUCAAAAACCACUCUGGAGAGGGUUACCAGGGCAUCCCUUAUACCACCACAUUGACUUUGGCAAAGCAGCUGUCCCGCUUCAAGAUUCAGACCAUAGCGCCAGGGAAGUCCCACACUGCUGCCAUUGAUGAACGUGGUCGCCUCAUCACCUUCGGCUGCAACAAAUACGGGCAACUUGGCGUUAAAGAUUUUAAGAAGCACCAAGGUGUGCAAGUCCUGGUUGGCCCUUUUGGAGGAAAGAUAGUCACCAAAGUGUCUUGUGGGGAUGGCUUCACCAUAGCAGCCACAGAGGACAAUCAGAUAUUUGCAUGGGGAAAUGCUGGAAAUGGACGACUUGGAAUGCCUGCUGAUAAAGGAUUCGGUUCGGAGGUUUGUCCUGCAAUGCCAAGGCCAAUCUUUGGAUCUCUCCACCACGUACCAGACCUUUCUUGUCGUGGUUGGCACACCAUCAUCAUCAUGGAGAAAGUGCUCAACUCCAAGACCAUUCGCUCCAACAGCAGUGGACUGUCAGUUGGCAGCGGGAUCGGACAGGAUGGUUCCAUAUCCACUGUGGAUCUGGAAAUGGAUCCGGGUUCAGAGACGGAGGGUCGUGACAGAGGCCUCGGGGGAACAUUGGAGGUUGAUCUUGACGCUUGCAACCUGGAGACACCGAUGGUGUCAAUGGCAAAUCAGACUGGCGACAGUUCAUGUCCUCUGUGGCUGAGAAAGGAGCUGGAGGAUGCAGAGUUCAUACCCAUGCCGGAGGACUCUGAGUCUUCUUGUGACCAACUCCCGUCUUUUUCAGAGAGCAGCACUCUGCCAUAUCAGAACCUGAAGGAGCUAAAGGCUGUGGCAGCAGCUGUCAGCAGUCAACAUGACUUAUCGACUACACGAACGAGUGAUGACAAUUUAAACGGACUGGAGGGGGCAGAACUGUACAAAAAAGAGGAAUCGAUCACAUGCUGCAGAGCAAGUGUGGAGGUCGCACAGCUGCGGGAGAUUGUCACUCAGCAAGAGAUGAGGAUCCAGAUACUGGAGAAGCAGGUCAGUGACCAGCAAAUGGAGCACGAGAGGUUGUUGGCCGCAUUCAACCAGCUGAUGGAAGCAAGAUGUGACAGUAAUGGCAACCAUUGUGCCGCUCACGUGUCUGAGGAUGGAGGAGGAAGAGCGGGUGGAUUCACACAGCAUGGGGGCAGACCUGCGGGGGCCAGCUUGUGAGGCCCUGCCAAUUGUACCUUGUGUGUGUGUGUGUGUGAGAGAGGUGACAAACAUUUUGUGAAUCCAAAAGGCUUGUUAGGUGUGAAUAGACUUGCGGUUGAGGUGGCUGCCUCACAUAUGAAACAAGUAAAGCCAUUACAUAAAGUACAUAAAGUAUUCAUACAUAAAGUACUGAGUUGCAUCAUGACAUUUCUGCGUAUCACUUGUCAUGCAAAUGUUGUUUGCAGUCUACGGACUGAAAUGUUGGCUGGCAUUGCACAGCGAGACAAUCUGGGUGUUUUUUCUACAAUGUGAUCAUGAAGUCCUUGUAGGAAUGUCAUAGUGAUGUCAUCAUCAUCAGCUUGUAUCCUCAAUCAGGUCAAACCGUGCCUUUCCAGUGGAAAUUUGUGGCCUUCAAACUGAUGUGUUUGAGCAAGAUUAUACCAAAACUACUAAACCACUUUGUGUGCAUGUACAGGAAGUUGGCAGAGGUCUCUAUCUCUGAGUGCCUUUCUCAAUUGUCCAUUUAGCUUUGCCCUCGCUAUAAAAAUGGCUGUACUUCCUAAAUGGUUUCUACAGUACAUCAUUUUCUCUCAUGAACCUGUGUCACUGUCCUCUGUUUUUGUGAGUACUUUCACCUUUUUAAGUCUUUACCCAAAUGGUUUAAGAACCUCAUAUGCUAUAGCCUCAUAAAUGUGUGAUAUUUGAAACUAAACUCUAAUGCAAAUAUAUGCCUUAAAAUAUAAGCCUUAUUGUUUUAUAUAUUCUUUGCUGAGACUACUGACUGUUUCUCAUUUUGCCUUUGUAUGGCAUUUAUAAGUAUGUCAUGGUUAGGAGAUGCCAUAACACUUGAACUGUUUUUGUCAUUUUAUCUGUAUUUGGUACUUAUUUUUAUUUUGAAGCAAACUAUUAUAUUUGUUUUGAUUGUCUGUUUUGUGUAUUGUGUGUAGCAGCACAAUUGUAUAGUGUAUGCCGAAACUCAUGAUAUAUAUUCAGUGUCUAUCAUGUGUCAAAUUGUUAACAUUUGGUCAACCAACAGUCAAAUGUAAUUUUAAAAAAAGUUUUGACUUUGACUGGCAAAAAAAUGUGUAAAUAUGUGGCUAUUUUAACUGCAAAAUGUAUUUUUUAACAGUUAAAUGACACAUGUAGUACCCGCUGUGCAUGUAAAAUACAUAAAUACAAAGUAAACAUUUGUCACGUGUGUUAACAGAGAAUAAAGAUUACUUG